UGGCAGGGGCGGCGGUAGCUGCGCCGGCACCGCCGGGCGGCGCCUGAGUCUGGACGCUCCAGGAGCGGCUCGAGCCUCCGCGAUCCACGAACAGGUGUGAAUGAGCCGAAGCAAGCCGCCACCUGCCGAAGAAACAGCCAGAUUUCCAUGUCAUUUGCAUGAACCCUGCUGUGAAAUGAACCAAGCAAGGACUUGUUAGACACUUCCUCCCUUCCCUUGCGGAGCACUCCUGAGCCAGUGUUCCAGUGUGGUUUAAUUGUGUCCCGUCCUUCUUUUGCCAAGGCAAACAUCCCAGCCUCACAGGAGGCAUCCCUAGAGCUCAUCUGCUGGCCUGAACAUGAACAUGGGCAAAGCUGAUGACUGGGAGCCUUUCCAAGGGACACGGGUCCCCACGGGGUCCGGUCUCCGGAAGCAGGACCUCUCAUGAUGCUGGUGUCUGGGAGUGAGCACCAUGCCCAUCACCCAGGACAAUGCUUUGCUGCACCUGCCCCUCCUGUCCGAGUGGCUGCAGAACAGCCUACGGGAGGGCGGGGACAGUCCCGAGCAGCGGCUCUGCCUGGCGGCCAUCCAGAAGCUGCAGGAGUACAUCCAACUGAACUUGGCUGUGGAGGAGAGCGCAGUCCCACCCGAGCACAGUCCCCCUGAGAUGGAGAUCUGUACGGUGUACCUCGCCAAGCAGCUGGGGGACACUGAAACUGUGGGGCUCAGUUUUGGCAACAUCCCUGUUUUCGGGGACUACGGUGAAAAGCGUCGAGGGGGUAAGAAGAGGAAAACCCACCAGGGUCCAGUGCUGGAUGUGGGCUGCAUCUGGGUGACCGAGUUGCGGAAGAACAGCCCAGCGGGGAAGAGCGGGAAGGUUCGGCUCCGGGAUGAGAUCCUUUCCCUGAACGGACAGCUGAUGGUUGGAGUUGAUGUCAGUGGGGCCAGUUACCUCGCUGAGCAGUGCUGGAAUGGCGGCUUCAUCUACUUGAUCAUGCUGCGGCGCUUCAAGCAGAAAGCCCACCUGACUUACAAUGGCAACAGUGGCAACAGCUCAGAACCCGGAGAGACACCGACCUUGGAGCUGGGUGACCAGACUUCCAAAAAGGGGAAAAGAACAAGAAAGUUUGGGGUCAUUUCCAGACCCACUAUCAUCAAGGCCCCUGAAGACUCCAAGAGCAACAGUGGCUGUGACACUACAGAUGAUCCCAGCUCGGAGUUGGAGAACGGCGCCGACCCCGAACUUGGAAACGGCCAUGCCUUUGAGCUAGAAAAUGACCCGCAUUCUCUCAAGGAUGUGGCUGGACCCCAUCUGGAGAGGUCAGAAGCGGACAGAGAGACGGAGCUCAGAGUUCCAAAGACAGAAGCCCCUCUGAGUGACAGCAAUGACAAACGCCGCUUCUCAAAAACUGGGAAGACCGACUUCCAGUCCAGUGACUGCCUGGCACGGGAGGAAGUUGGCCGGAUAUGGAAGAUGGAACUGCUCAAAGAAUCAGAUGGGCUGGGAAUUCAGGUUAGUGGAGGCCGAGGAUCAAAGCGCUCACCUCACGCUAUCGUUAUCACCCAAGUGAAGGAAGGAGGUGCCGCUCACAGGGAUGGCAGGCUGUCCUUAGGAGACGAACUGCUGGUGAUCAAUGGUCACUUACUGGUCGGGCUCUCCCACGAGGAAGCUGUGGCCAUUCUGCGCUCAGCCACUGGGAUGGUACAGCUGGUGGUGGCCAGCAAGGAGAGCUCAGCGGAGGACCUUCUGAAGUUAACGUCGAAGAGCUUACCUGACCUGACUAGUUCAGUGGAGGACAUGUCCUCCUGGACUGACAACGAAGACCAGGAGGCAGCCGGGGAAGAGGAAGAGGGGACAGGUUCGGCGGUUGUCCGGGGCACGAUGCUCGGGUCAGAAGAGUCUCAGGACGUAGGCAGCACUGAGGAAUCCAAAGGGAACAACUUGGAAAGCCCCAAACAGGGCAACAGUAAGAUGAAACUCAAGAGCCGACUCUCAGGAGGUGUCCACCGCCUAGAGUCUGUUGAAGAAUAUAAUGAACUGAUGGUACGAAAUGGGGACCCCCGGAUCAGGAUGCUGGAGGUCUCCCGAGAUGGCCGCAAGCAUUCUCUUCCCCAGCUGCUGGAUUCUACUGGGACAUCACAGGAAUACCACAUUGUGAAGAAGUCUACCCGUUCUCUGAGCACCACCCACGUGGAAUCGCCGUGGAGGCUCAUUCGGCCAUCCGUUAUUUCCAUCAUUGGGCUGUACAAAGAGAAAGGCAAGGGCCUUGGCUUUAGCAUUGCUGGAGGGCGAGACUGCGUUCGUGGCCAGAUGGGAAUUUUUGUCAAGACCAUUUUCCCAAACGGAUCAGCCGCGGAGGACGGCAGGCUCAAAGAAGGAGAUGAAAUCCUAGAUGUGAACGGAAUACCAAUAAAGGGCUUGACGUUUCAAGAGGCUAUUCACACCUUCAAGCAAAUCCGAAGCGGGCUGUUCGUCCUCACAGUGCGAACUAAGCUGCUCAGCCCCAGCCUCACGCCCUGCUCCACGCCCACACACAUGAGCAGAUCUAGCUCCCCAAGCUUCAACAACAGUGGGGGAGCCCCAGCCGGAGGAGGCCAAGAUGAAGGUGGUUCUGCAUCCCUGGGUCGGAAGGCUCCUGGGCCCAAAGAUCGGAUUGUCAUGGAAGUCACACUCAACAAAGAGCCAAGAGUUGGGUUGGGCAUCGGUGCCUGCUGCUUGGCCUUGGAAAAUAGCCCUCCAGGUAUAUACAUUCACAGCCUUGCUCCUGGAUCCGUGGCCAAGAUGGAGAGCAACCUGAGCCGGGGAGACCAAAUCCUGGAAGUGAAUUCCGUGAACGUGCGUCAUGCAGCUUUAAGCAAAGUACAUGCCAUCUUAAGUAAAUGCCCCCCAGGACCGGUUCGCCUGGUCAUCGGCCGACACCCUAACCCAAAGGUCUCCGAGCAGGAAAUGGAUGAAGUGAUAGCACGCAGCACUUACCAGGAAAGCAAAGAAACCAACCCCUCACCCGGCCUAGGUACCCCCUUGAAGAGCCCCUCUCUGGCCAAAAAGGACCCCCUCCUCUCCGAAUCUGAGCUCUCCCAGUACUUUGUCCAUGACGGCCAGGGCUCCCUUUCAGACUUUGUGGUGGCUGGCUCCGAGGACGAGGACCACCCUGGAAGUGGCUGUGACACCUCAGAGGAUGGAAGCCUGCUUUCCGUUCCCUCUGCUCAUAAGGAGACAGGCAAAGCCAGGGCCAACAGCCUUGUGACACUUGGAAGCCAGAGGGGCUCUGGGCUCUUACACAAGCAGGUGACAGUUGCCCGGCAAGCCAGUCUCCCCGGAAGCCCACAGGUCCUCAGGAACCCCCUUCUCCGCCAGAGGAGGGUUCGUUGCUAUGACAGCAAUGAUGGCAGUGACGAUGAAGACUUUGAUGGCGAGGGGGACUGCGUCUCCCUCCCGGGAGUCCUCCCAGGUCCCGGCAGGCCUCUGGUAGAGGAUGACACUAGGCUUGCGUUGACAACCUCUUCCAAAAGUAUUGACGUGAACAAGCAGGGGGAACGACUCCAGAAACCACUGGUUAGCAAGGCCUGCUCCGUGCCUCUCCUCGGCAGCUCGCUGGACUCAGAGCACAGCACCCACGAUGGAACAGCGGGUACCCCUCCCAAGGCAGCCAGCCUGCCAGGCUCUGUAGAAACCCCCAAGAAUGGGCCCGGAGGCUCCAGGAGAAAGGAAAUGUCGGGGUCAAGAAGUUCACCAAAGCUGGAAUACAGGGUCCCUGCAGACACCCAGAGCCCGAGGAGCCCAGAAAACGGUACCUCCCUGCCACAGAAGUAUGAAAGUCUGGUGUCCAGGCACAAGCCCGUGGCCAGGAUCAGUCCACACUACAAGAGGUCGGAUGCUGAGGAGGCCCCAAGUGGAACAGGCAAUGGACCGUGUGCUCAGGACUUGAAAGUCCAGGCUGUCGCCGGUCAUCAGCCAAGUGGAACUGCAGAGAAGGAACUUCGGGGAAAUCCCACCCCGGGGGACAGCUCUGUCCCCACCAACUGUGGACCAGCCAGUACCCCAUGCCACCCAAACACUGGACUCCCCACAGAGAACCCGCAGGGAGCUGUGCCAGAGUGCGGGCCACACCCUGGGACUGGAUGGGACGGGCCCUCAGACCACCUCCCUCCCCCAGGGAAGAACAGGGAAGUUCAUCCUGACUCCAGCGAGACUUCUGCAGUCACCGAGCAAGUCCUCCAACCUGAGAGCCUCAGCCAGCCUGUGUCUCCCGGGCCCUCGGAGCCUGAGUCCCAGGGCGUAUCUAAAAUGAAGCCAGCCGGCCAGAGAAGCCUGUCUCCCAGGGAGAAGGCCUCAGCUCCUCCGGACUCCAGCAGGACUUGGGCUGCCCCUGGGGACAGCACUCCCAGCACCAGGAGAGCAGCUGUCCCCAUGAGCAUAGGAGUGACGCCAGCUACUGCUGUCCCUCAUCCCUCCCUCGUGGGUCAGGAAAGGAGCCGAGGCCCCUCGGGUCCCAGCAAGGCCCUGGAAACUGCAGGACACUGCGUACCUGAAAGCUUGAAAGAAUGUGCGGUGCUUGAAGAGGCAGUGUCUGCAUCUGGAAAAUUGUCACAUGCCGGUCCCUCUGUGCCAGUGGCUACUGACCGGACCCUGUCGGGGAGCACAGAGAGCCCGGUGACAGACAUUGACAAGCUCAUUGGGGAAGCCCCUGAGACGUGGCUUUCUCAGUCUCCUCAGAGAGCUGACUGCAGGGCUCACCAGGGCAUUUUUGAGAGUCAGCCACCAGGGGGAGCUGGGGGUGGCAGUUCCCACCACACUCAGACUGUCAGGAGUGACCAGACAACCUCUCCAAGGAAGACUGGAGGCACAGGCUCACCCCCACCCCCUCAGUGGACCUUCCAGCCUUCCGUUCUGGAUUCCAUCCAUCCUGACAAGCAGUUGGCUGUGAACAAAAACUUUCUGAACAACUACUCUAGAAAUUUUAGCAGUUUCCACGAAGACGGCGUCUCCCUAGCAGGCCCAGGUGGCAGUUCGGAGCCGUCACCCUCGUCCAUGUAUGGUGAUGCUGAAGACUCCUCUUCAGACCCCGAGUCUCUUGCUGAAGAUCCACGAGCAGCGGCCAGGCACAACUGGCCAGCUCCUCCAUCUCGUGAGUCCUCCCGUAAGGAAGGUGGCAGUGAGUCUGAGGACGAGCAAAUAGAAAUCUGUGCCCCGGGUGGUUGCCCUGAGACCCCAGUGCCUGCCCAAGCGCCCGCCCUGGUUGCAUUGGGCGCAGAUCCCCCAGUACGGCAGACUGUGAGGGAGCCGGUGGGGGACUCCUGCGAGAGAGCUUGCUUUAUGCCAGGAGCCUCGCACAAUUCCAUCCCGGGCUCUUCCCAGCCAUUUUCCUUCCUGGAUGUAAGCUCUCCGGAGCAUGAGACUUGGGCAGGCGUACACGCUUCACGGAGCCACGUGCCUGGAUGCGCAGAGGAAACCGGGGCCGUCUGCAGCACAAGCCCAGUCAUGGGAGAUGACCAGCCUUCCCAAAUGACCAGACCUUGUGGAACCCCGCCAUUUGUGCUUAGGAACCCAGAUAUGGUAAAUGGUUUGGGACGGGACCUCCUGGAUGAGGGAACCCCAAACGAAGGAGCAGAUGCCUCUCGUGUCAUAUGCAGUGUGUAUGCCCUGGGGACUGAGGGUCCUAAGAAUGGAGAGGCUGUUUUGGCAAACGAACACAUUGCCAAGGGCUGCAACCUGGAUGGCUUGCUACAGAAACCAAAAACGACCUCCAGGAGGCCUAUCAUGACCUGGUUUAAAGACAUAAAUAAAGACAGCCAAGACACACAUUUGCAGAGCAGGUCUGAGAAGGAACAGCCCUCAAUGCUGGCUACGAGUCCUGGCUCGAAAGGCAACGCAGUGAACACCAGCCACAGAAAGGGAGUGGCUGUGCCUAAGAGUCCACCUCCCCGGCAGAAGAGUCAAGAAAAUAAAGACCUGCCCCCUAAAAGCCCAGUGGAAACACUGAGUAACUGUCAGAAGUCCAAGGGCAGCCCGAAGCUUAAGAGGCUCGACAGCAAAAGCAAAGCCAGCCCCGAGGCACCUGUGGCCAGUCCCGCUAAGGGCGGCAGGACCGACCACAGGAAGUCCUUGCCUUCACCCCAGGCCUCCCAUAACAUGCUUUCGAAGGCAGUGUCACACAGGCUCCACAUAGCUGACCAAGAGGAGCCUAAGAACACUGCCGGGCACACCCCCAAGCCUCCCCCGUGUGUGCCGGAGAGCAAGCCACCUCUGGCUGCCUCUGGGUCGCUGAGGACCUCCGCGUCCGACACAAGCAUUAGAACCUCUACUUCUCCCCUGACCUCCCCCAAGCCUCUCCCGGAGCAAGGUGCAAACAGUAAGUUCCACAUGGCUGUCUACCUGGAAUCUGACACAGGCUGUCCAACUGCCUCCAGGUCCCCCAGGUAUGGACCAGAGGGCAAGGUGCCCCAUGCUAACUCUGGGUCAGUGAGUCCCUCCGCAUCGAGGACCAAUAUAGCCUUGGCAGGGGCCAGACAGAGCAAGCAGUUCACACCCAGCCGAGUAGACUUGGUGUUAACAGAAGCGGCCCAGCCCCAGGGCAUCAGUGAGAAAGAAACCGAAAAAAUGGCUAGUGGUCCUCUGGAAAGGACAAACCAGCUAAAAAUCGUUGAGAUUUCUUCUGAAAGAAUGCCAAAGAAUGCAUGUGGUGACAAGCCACCCAAUAGUGACAGAAAGGGCGGGUUCUUGGCCCACAGCAACUGUCAGGAGAAGAGUUCAGUCAGACUCCGUCAAUCAGUGGAACUGUCCCCAAAGCAUCCGCCCCUCCCUCCCCCCCAGGCCUCCCAGGUGGAGCGGGAAAUGCGCUGGUCCUACAGCAUGGCCAGACUGGCCGCCUCCUCCUCCCCGCAGCUGCCCGCCAAAAUGCCAGAUUCCUCCCAGGGCAAAUCCAGCCAAAUGCCAGCCUCUGUCGGAGUGCCCAAGAAUGGCGGACCCGUAGGCCUGGCCGGAGAAGAGCACCCCUACUUCACACCGAGGCCAGCCACCAGGACUUAUUCCAUGCCAGCCCAGUUCUCCAGCCACUUUGGACGAGAAGGUCCUUCCCCACCCAGCCCAAGUCACUCGCCUCAGGACCCCCAGGUCCCUGUGAUGAGCGACAGUCUCUCUGAGAAGACAGCCAAAGGUGUGACUAACGGACGGGGCGUGUACAGUGUGAAGCCUCUACUGGAAACACCGAAGAACCCGCCACCAGCGGAUGUGGGGGAUGUCGGGGCGGUCCCCGAGGCGAGCGGCCUUAUCCCAGACAAACUCAAAGUCACCAGGAGACACUACUACUGUGAGCAGAGCUGGCCCCAUGAAUCUACCUCGUUUUUCUCUGUGAAGCAGAGGAUCAAAUCUUUCGAGAACCUGGCCAAUUCUGACCGGCCUGCGGCCAAGUCUGCCACAUCCCCGUUCUUAUCCGUGAGCUCCAAGCCUCCCGUUAACAGACGGUCAUCUGGCAGUAUCACUUCUGGGAGCCCCGGUGAUGGGACCGCAAGGUCACUGAGACGCAGCUUGAGUUCCUGCAGUGAGAACCAGAGCGAGGCCAGCAGCCUUCUCCCGCAGAUGACAAAGUCCCCGUCCAGCAUGACUCUGACUGUCUCCAGGCAGAAUCCGCCAGAGACUAAUAACAGGGGCCACAGUCCAGACCCAAAGAAAUCACCCGUCCCUGUGGGAAUUCCCACCUCCACAGGGAGCCCAGCCUCACCCAUCAAGAGGAACAAGUCUUCCAUCCGCCAUGCCCAGCCUUCCCCAGUGUCCCGAUCCAAGCUCCAAGAGCUGAGAGCCUUGAGCAUGCCAGACCUGGACAAGCUGUGUAGUGGUGAGGACUACUCUGCCAGCCCAGGGGCAUUGCUCUUUAGAACCCAGCUGGAGAUAACCCCCAGAAGGUCGCAAGGCUCCCCAGCUACCUCGCCAGCCGGCUCCCCAGCUAGAGGCCAUGCAGAUGUCAAUGGAUCAGUCUUCCUUUCGUGUCCCGUGAAUGGUGGCAACAGAGUCUGCCCCAAAGGAAACAUCUCUCCAACCCGUGAGCCUGCAGUGCCCACUGGAUCCAGGGAAGGGGGUGAAUCUCUGCGGGCCAUGCCUUCUGGGAAAAGCUGGUCAGUGAAUUUGGAUCAACUCCUUGCCUCGGCGGGGUACCAGCAGAGAUUACAGGCCGUUUUAUCAUUAGUGGGGUCAAAAUCCCCCAUCCUCCCUCUCAUUCAGGAAGCGAAGGCACAAUCAGAGAAUAAAGAAGACAUUUGCUUCAUAGUCUUGAAUAAAAAAGAAGGCUCGGGUCUGGGAUUCAGUGUGGCAGGAGGGGCAGACGUGGAGCCAAAAUCAGUCAUGGUCCACAGGGUGUUUUCUCAGGGUGUGGCUUCUCAGGAAGGGACUGUGAGCCGAGGGGACUUCCUUCUCUCCCUCAAUGGCACCUCCUUAGCUGGCUUAGCUCACAGUGAGGUCUCGAAGGUUCUGCACCAGGCAGAGCUGCACAAACACGCCCUCGUGAUUAUCAAGAAAGGGAAUGACCAGCCCGGGCCCCCGUUCCGGCAGGAGCCUCCCUCAGCCAAUGGGAAGGCUCCGUUCCCCAGAAGGACCUUGCCGAUGGAGCCUGGAGCUGGGAGAAACGGAGCUGCUCAUGAUGCUCUGUGUGUGGAAGUGCUGAAAACCUCUGCUGGGCUGGGGUUGAGCCUGGACGGAGGAAAAUCAUCCAUAGCUGGAGACGGGCCGCUGGUAAUUAAAAGGGUGUACCAAGGUGGCGCGGCAGAACAAGCUGGAACAAUAGAAGCGGGUGAUGAGAUCCUUGCUAUUAACGGGAAGCCCUUGGUUGGGCUGGUGCACUUCGAUGCCUGGAACAUUAUGAAGUCUGUUCCAGAAGGGCCUGUGCAGUUAGUGAUUAGAAAGCACAGAGAUUCGUGAAUUUUUACAGGGAAUCUCCUCCCCUAGAUUCAGUUCUUUCUCAGAAUGACGGGUUCUUAAAUUGACAAACAGCUUAGACAGAUAUCCGUGAUUGUACUUUUAUAUGAAGCCCGAACUCUGGGAACCACCUACCUGGACUGUCAGGGCUGGGAGGGCAUCAUUUCGUUCAGUGCCUCGGAUGGGGAGCUGAGUGCUCUUCAUCUGGAACACCUAGCUGCACCUUCGAAUCUCUGUUAUCACCUCUCCCAGCAUCAGUCCUGGUGAGUGGGGACCAGAGGCUGACACAAAUGCCCCAGCUAAAAAGAUUUAUGUAUGUAGAUUUAUAUAAUUUUGUAAGUAAAUGAUAUAGUGCUUUUAGGUACAUGCAGUGGAAGGCAGAGCUAUGGGGUCUACGUAUGUUACCUUGAAAAAGGAAAAUGAGACUUAAAGAAAAUGAAUUUAUGACCUAAUUGUUAGGCAGAGCUCAGGAAUUACCCAACAGUGAAAAAGAUGACAAUUUUAAAAAGUGCUAUUUUUUAAUGAACGUAAUGUAUGAUGAGAACUAGGAAGUUCGGAUGGUUUUCUGUUUCAGAGUGUAAGUCAUAAGGCUGUUACAGAGCGACAGUUCUGGUGAAUUGCAAUAAAGAGCUGUGAGCUUCCCUGCUCGGGAGGAGGAAGUCCUAGCUUGAAAAGCACCUUGCAUCUAGUUUUCAAACUUGAGUACAUGGUCGACUUCAAGACUGGUCAACACAUAAGCAGGCAAAGUUGUCGGCGUUUUUUCCGUUUCCACACAUAUGCUCCCACCACCGUAAAGGAAUUUGAGAGUUAAAUCCCUCAGAUUGCAAACGUGGGCAUUCUGCGGUCAGGAGGGUCUUCGCAUCCUCUCGGGGAAAUUUUCUUGUUAGUUUUUCUCCUUUUCCCCCUCCAGACCUAAAGAAGCAUAGUUUGCAGUCCAGUUCUCUUCCCUGACAGAGCUCUGUGGUGGCUCAGCUUCUUGCUAUUUUGUUUUUUCCUGUUUUGCAAAUUCUUUCUCUUGCCAAAACCGGGGUCCCCCAGACCAUUCUGACUCAAGCUGCUUGUGAAACUCCUCCGGCUGCCGCGAACCUCUCCGGAGCCCUUUCUCUCACAAGCUGGCUUUUCUCCCUUCGCACUGACCAUACUUUUCUUAAAUCCCAAAGCCUCGCCAGCUUCACUUACCAAACAAGGACAAUGGAAAAACAGGGUGAGUCAUUCUCAAGGAAAAGGACUAUCUAGUAUUCACCAUCCCAUCCUCAGGUGGUGCCACCCAGUGCUGGGUCCUGGGGUCUAGGGUGGAAACUGCAUUUGCGAAUCCCGCAUGCGCAAUGCCACGGUCUCGCUGAUCUCGUUAACAGCUGGGUCUAAGACUGCCAAGGUGCUUGAGCUGCUGUUGCCUUUGUACAUCGUCAUCUGAGCCCCAUCCUGCUGGCAGUCUGUAAAGGAGACCCAGAGAGGGCCUCGCGGGUGGGCGCAAAAUAACUAGCUCGGUUUCCAACAGGUCUCACAAAACUACAGUCCAGGAGUUAGCUAGAAAAACCUGGUUUAGCAUCUACUCUUCCUUACAGUUACAAGUAGGACUCUCUAAGACGUCAGUGCAAGGUGCAUGCUAGGUGGUUGUUUAAGUCUCCGGGUCAGUUUCUUACCUGAAUGAUUAAUUUGAAGUCAGCACGGAAAACCAUUUUUUUUUCUUUCCUUUUUGCCUCUACUCCUUUACAGUCAUGCCUAUUAAGUCCUUUGUGAGCAGACAGGACCUUCGGGAGCAAUGAUCUCUUUCCAAGUGUCCCCAAAGCUCCGAUCUGAAGAGUACACGGAGGACCUCUGGCUUACUAUUAAGUCACCAGGCAUUUGGACUGGAUCUUUCCAGGUCUUCCCAGCUAACUGGGAAUGUAAGGGAAGAAGCAAGAGCUAGCCCGUCUCUGACCCUGAGAUAGAAAGCUAUUUAUUUGUGUUCAGUGUUCCAGGCAUGACUAGUGUUGCUAAUUAGUCUAAUAAAUCCCCACACUUCCUGCAGUGAACACUAAUGGUAUUGUUCUAACCCUUUUCCUUUCUUUGUAAGUGGUCAGUCAUUCACAGUAAGCUAUGAGGUAAGCUGUGUUCUAACAUACAAACCGUAGUUGUAAGAAUUCCGUGAAGGCUCAUUCCCACCCUCCCGCACAUACCGCAUUGCAUUGUAGGGUUGACUUUAGUUGGCACCACACCUGUACAUUAUACAUUAUUCUUUAUUUAUGUAAAAUAAAAUGCCUUAUAUAUUAAAAGAGUAAGUGCAAUAAUAUGAAAUGGCCUGUACAUUUAAAAAAUGUUGCCAAGUUAUGUAAAUCCACAUCUCUGUAAACAAUUUUUUAAAAUAAUUUUCAAAAAAUAAACACUGCUUACUACUUG